UAUUCCUUGGCCGCCUGUUUGGUGCGACGAAGCCUCCAGUGGCCGGCUUUGUUGCCUCUUGAAGGAUCCCGAGCCGCGUCCCAGUGCAGCCAGUGCUGUAGAAAUGGGAAGGCGGAUGGCGAAGGCUCUUCUAGCUGGGGCGGGUGGAAGCGGGACGCCCGGCGGCUCCUGGGGUGGGGCUGUGAUUAUGGGACCUAGGGUUCGCGUUCUCCCAGGGGGACCGGGCGGGGCCCAGCCGGGAUGCUCUCUGGGCCCCUACUGCCCUCUGCAGGGCGUCGGAGGAACUGCCCAGAGGAGUCAUUGCUGAGGAGCGGAACUCGAUGCAGAUAAAGAUGGAAGAACUGGAGCAAGGCCUGUUGAUGCAGCCGUGGGCGUGGCUACAGCUUGCUGAGAACUCCCUCUUGGCCAAGGUUUUUAUCAGCAAGCAGGGCUAUGCCUUGUUAGUUUCAGAUCUUCAACAGGUGUGGCAUGAACAGGUGGACACUAGUGUGGUCAGCCAGCGAGCCAAGGAGCUGAACAAGCGGCUCACUGCUCCUCCUGCGGCUUUCCUCUGUCAUUUGGAUAAUCUGCUUCGCCCAUUGUUGAAGGACGCUGCUCACCCUAGUGAAGCUACCUUCACCUGUGAUCAUGUGGCAGAUGCACUAAUUUUACGGGUGCGGAGUGAGCUCUCUGGCCUCCCCUUCUAUUGGAAUUUCCACUGCAUCCUAGCUAGUCCUUCACUGGUCUCCCAACAUUUGAUUCGUCCUCUGAUGGGCAUGAGUCUGGCGUUACAGUGCCAAGUGAGGGAGCUAGCAACAUUGCUUCAUAUGAAAGACCUAGAGAUCCAAGACUACCAGGAGAGUGGGGCUACGCUGAUUCGAGAUCGAUUGAAGACAGAACCAUUUGAAGAAAAUUCCUUCUUGGAACAAUUUAUGAUAGAGAAACUGCCAGAGGCAUGCAGCAUUGGUGAUGGAAAGCCCUUUGUCAUGAAUCUGCAGAAUCUGUAUAUGGCAGUCACCAAACAAGAGGUCCAAGUGGGACAGAAGCAUCAAGGCACUGGAGAUCCUCAGACCUCAAAGAGUGCUUCCCCGCAAGGAAUUCAUAGCCAAUGUGUAAACCAGCCAGAACAACUGGUCUCCUCAGCUCUAACCCUCUCAGUGCCUGAGAAAGAGUCCACAGGUACUUCAGGCCCUCUGCAGAGACCUCAGCUGUCAAAGGUCAAGAGGAAGAAGCCAAGGGGGCUCUUCAGUUAACCUGUUGUGGCCUCAGCUGCUGAGGAUGGACUUGGAGAAUAGCUUCCAAGCUUCACCUUGAAAGAAGCUUGCAUGGCAGCAAUAUUUCUAAAACAGUGACCCAGUCAGAGGCCUACUGUAAGGGCAAGAAAACUGAAGUUCAUGUUGACAGGUCCACAGGGAAUUGGCCUUCCUAUUCAAGUGGAAGCCAGUCUCUGAGAAUCCCAUGCUCUCCUCUCUUUUGGUGGAGGUUCUGUAGAUUCAGGUUUCUACCAUGGACUUUAGGUAUAUAGGACAAGUCAGCAAGAAAGCACCACACACUCAGGGAGCCUUGUCUACCUUUCCCUAGAGUCUCUAGCCAGCCAGCCCCCGACACUCCUCAGAGACCCACUUCUGUCUUUUGCAUGGAAUAAGAAGCACUCACACUCCCCUGCUUUUGGGAUCACUUAUGCUGUGGAACUCAUAACCCAAUUCACUUCACUGGGUACCACCCCAUUGUUGUCUCUGGAUGAAGUCUAGCCAUCAGUCCAGUCCUUCAGAUUCUUCUUAAACUUCUCUGCAGUGGCCAGAGCUAAACCUCCAUUUGGAAACUUCGAUCUUGAGAACUCUCUUCAUGGUGGGCACAAGAUAGAUAGAUGAUUGCUGCUUUCCUGUGUCAAACUUGAAUGCAUUUUUCUCUUUGUUUCCAAAGUAUAGGCAACAGGUUAAACUACCAUGCGGGGUAGUUUAUCGAUCCUCCCACCUCAUCCUCCUGAGUAACUGGGACUAAAGGCACACACCACCACGCCUAGCUAAUUUUUGUAUUUUUUGUGUGUGUGGAGACAAGGCUUUGCCAUGUUGCCCAGGCAGGUCUUAAACUCCUGGGCUCUAGUGAGAUCACUGCCCACCUCAGCCUCCCAAAGUGCUGGGUUUACAGGCAUGAACCACCAUGCCUGUCCCAUUUCUGGUUUAUUUACUUGUGAUGGUUAAAUGCCUCCUUAUUCAUAUAUCUUGUAUAUAUACUGGUGUUUCUGUCCUGAUGUCAAGUCUCAAGAGAAGAUGAUCAAACAAUAAUAAAAUAAUUAUAAUAAGAAAAACAGGCCGGGCGCGGUGGCUGGCCGGGCGCGGUGGCUCAAGCCUGUAAUCCCAGCACUUUGGGAGGCCGAGACGGGCAGAUCACGAGUUCAGGAGGUUGAGACCAUCCUGGCUAACACGGUGAAACCCCGUCUCUACUAAAAUACAAAAAAAAUUAGCCGGGUGAGGUGGCGGGCGCCUGUACUCCCAGCUACUCGGGAGGCUGAGGCAGGAGAAUGGCGUGAACCCGGGAGGCUGGGCUUGCAGUGAGCUGAGAUCCGGCCACUGCACUCCAGCCUGGGCAACAGAGCUAGACUCCGUCUCAAAAAAAAAAAAAAAAAAAGAAAAGAAAAACAAUAAUAAAUAGCUAACAUUUAUUGAGCAGUUAAUGUAUACCAGGUACUCUAAUGAGCACCUGACAUUGAUCCUCAUGGCAUUGUAUGAGGAAGAUGCUGUUAACCCACUAAGAAAUUGGGUCUUGAAUGAGUAAGUGACUUAUCAAAGAUCGUACAGCUAAUAAGUGACAGCCAGAAUUUAAGCCCAGACAGCUGAGUUCUUCGCAGCAUUAUUAUAUACACUAAUGAAAACAUUUAUUUUCCAGAAAGGACAUUAGGUCCUUCUUUCCAGUCUCCCACUGUAAACGUCUGUAUCCCAUGACCUUGCCUCUUUUCAAUAGGAUGUUCUACUCCCCUGGGCCUCUUCAAGGAAGGAGCUCUUGAGGACUCCAGGACUUACCCUCAGGCUUUUUCCUGCUAGCAGAGUCUGAGAGCUCCACCAAGGCUCCUUCCCAGUCACUGCUGAUAACUUUACCCCCAGACCAGAGGACCCUAGAGUGUGCUAUGUGGUAGUGACUGUCAUCGAAGUGAAUUGGGAACUAAAUAAAAACAGCCUAUCAGCUGGCUUACUUU